AUGCUAGCCACAUUCACCAGCAGCAAAGAGACGUCCAUGGCUUCAUUCAAGUUGCCACGGCCAGAAAGCCAGAUUGCGCUGGAGGAUCUGGACUUGAUCUUUUAUUCGGGGUCCGACACGGAGUAUCAACAGAAAGUAGCGGAUCGACUGUCGCAGGAUUACGGACGAAACCGAGAUGACGAGAAUGGCCGCGACACGGGAUAUAAGACGACCAAGACGGUGGUGUUCUACAAUACGAAGAGCAGGUCAGACCACUCGAGUUAUAUGGUAUUUAUUGAGGCCUUGCGAAACUGCGCCGGCGACACAUUCGAUGUAUUCGAAUCGACCCUCAGACAAUCCACAAGCGAUCGUGGGCUGGUCUUAACCGUAGGUGGGGACCCGCGAUCCGCGAUGGGACUGCUUGAAGGUGCGCGGCACAUGGUUCUGCACAAGACCAGAACGAAGGACGUACGCGAUCGCCAGACGACGCUGGUUGUCAAAAGAGCAUCACUGUUGCCAAGAGAUAAAUGGCGGGCCCAGAUGGAAUGUGCACUCGCCGAAGGGAUCAACCCACGGCACGUCACUAUACACUCGCAGCUAUCUCUGGAGGAGAUAAGGAGUUUGGAGCCACCGCGAGAGUUUGAAGAGCUUCACCUGGAUGCUUUCAUCAUCGGCGCAAUGGAGCGAUACCCCAGUAUGAACAUCAGGCGGCUGACAGACUGCUUCGUACACAACUUCGAGAUGUUCAGAGUCACGAUCAAGCGUCUUCAGGUCUUGGGAUUAGUCCGAGGCAGAGAAAUCUCACUCGGCGCCCUCGACUGGCAGCUGAGACACGAGCGUGCGCUCAACGCCGCUCGACUUCUCUCAGUCACGCAAAACAACGUGUCAGCCGCCACAUUCUUGUCUUUUAUUGACGAGAAUACGGAUCCAAGGACGCGUGCAGCCAUGAUCGACAUAGUUGCAAUCAUUCUUGAGUCCUCCGGCCGUUACGACUUCCUGAAAGUCGCCCAUGUCUGGCCCGAGUCCGCCGGCAUGGCAUCCAUCCUCAGCGAGUGCCGCGAUCCCUCCCACAAGACCAUCAUGGAUGGGGCCAUCUGGAUGAACCUGGGCGUGUACCGUUUGUACAUGUGUAUGUGCCGGGGCGGGGAAAACGAGCCCCUGAUCGAAGCCGCCGAUGGCCUCAUGUUAAUCUCCCCGAGAAGAUGUGUGGUAAUAUACGAGAAGGCACAGGAGAUUACCCGGUUACUCCAGGUGUUGGUGGCUCAGCGAAGGGGUACAGGCGGAGCGACGUCAACCGUGAAGCUCCCUGAAGACCAGGUCCUCUCAUCCAGAGAUACAUGGUGCUCGCCUGGGCACACCACCUGA